AUGCAGAUUGAGAGUUUAGCCUGCUGGCAUGUUGCCGAUCUACAAACAGAGGAGAAGAAGAAGAAGAAGAAGAAGAAGAAGAAGAAGAAAAGGAAGAAGAAGAAGAAGAAGAAGAAGAAGAAGAAGAAGAAGAAGAAGAAGAAGAAGAAGAAGAAGAAGAAGAAGAAGAAGAAGAAGAAGAAGAAGAAGAAGCAGAAGGAGGAGGAGGAGGAGAAGAAGAAGAAGAAGAAGAAGAAGAAGAAGAAGAAGAAGAAGGAUGAGAGGGAGAAAGAGGUGGAGGGUGUGUCAGAUCUAGACACUCAAUUGUAUAGCCUCCCAGCCGUCGCAAGGCACUUUUCGAGUCUCUACUCGGUGAGAAGGGCGGGGCACUAG